AUGACAUAUUAUAAACAUAUUACAAAUAAUUUUCCUGGUGGAUUAUUUGCAUGUGUUCCUGAAAUAUCAUUAUCUGAUGAACGUCCAUUUGAAUAUGAAUUUUUUCUUCGAAUUGCUCAAUCAUUUCCGUUGGUGAAAAAAUUAACUUUAAUUAAUUGGACACCACAAAAUCAUAAACAAAAUAGAAGCUCAAAAAAUUAUGACGGAGACUUAUUAAUUAUUGAAUAUCCUCAUCUUACUUAUCUUGAUCUUAGUGAAGCUCAUGAUGAUUAUGUUGAACAAUUUCUACUUGAUACAAAAGUGUGUUUGCCAAUGAAUGUUACAUUUGAUGCUAUCUAUGAGUCAUUACAAAGAGUGACACACAAUUUUAAAAGAGAUGAAACAAGAAUCAAUUGUUCAAAAAUGACUUAUAUAUAUAUACAAAAGUAA